UUAUCCUAAUUCCUAAUCCUGGAAUCCUUAUUUGGCUGUGUAACCUCCGCUUCAUUUUCGCCCAAGCUAUGGCGGAAGUGCUCCGGUUCCCCUCCCUCUUCUCUUCGUCCCAGAGGCGAGAGCUUUAUUGCGACCCGGUCGAUGGCUCCAGCAGCGGAGAGGAAGAGGAGGAAGGGCUUGGGCGUGGCGGUGGCGGUGGCGGCGGCGGCGUAGUGGAGGGGAAGGACGAGAGGAGGAGGAGGAGGAGGAGGGGGAGGAGUGGAGGAGGCGAACAGGAGGAGGAGGAGCAAGGGCAGCUGCCCGUGUUGGCGUUACUGCUGACGGUGCUUCGGAAGUCACUGAUCGGGUGCAAGGCAGUGGCCGUCUGCGACGAGGCGAUGGAGAUAGGCUGGCCUACGGACGUGCGCCAUGUCGCCCACGUCACAUUUGACCGGUUUCAUGGCUUCCUCGGCUUGCCUGUCGAGUUCGAGCCGGAGGUUCCCCGCAGAGCCCCCAGCGCAAGUGCCACCAUCUUCGGUGUCUCUGCCAAAUCUAUGCAGUGUUCGUAUGAUUCCAGAGGCAACAGCAUUCCAACAAUCCUCUUGCUAAUGCAGGAGCGUCUUUACGAGCAAGGCGGCCUUCGGGCAGAAGGAAUUUUCCGAAUCAAUGGUGAAAAUGGCCAAGAAGAGUAUGUGAGACACCAGCUAAACAACGGAAUAGUGCCGGAGGGCGUUGACGUGCACUGUCUAGCAGGUUUAGUGAAGGCUUGGUUCAGGGAACUCCCGACAGGAUUGUUGGAUUCUCUUUCGCCUGAGCAGGUAAUGCAAUGUCAAACCGAGGAAGACUGUGCUCGCCUAGCUACAUUGCUGCCCCCAAGCGAGGCCGCAUUGCUCGAUUGGUCUAUCAAUUUGAUGGCUGAUGUUGUCCAACAAGAACACGUAAACAAGAUGAACGCACGAAACAUCGCAACCGUGUUUGCCCCAAACAUGACCCAGAUGGCGGAUCCUUUGACUGCACUGAUGCAUGCAGUGCAGGUGAUGAACUUGCUGAGGAUGUUGAUCUUGAAGACGCUGAAAGAGAGACAAGAUUCUUUGUUAGAGGAAGUGUCUGUCUCCAAUUACGCUGAUCCAUCCGAUGAGAACGGCCACCGCAGCCCUGAGCUUGAUAAUACUUCUCAAGUUGCAGAUCAGGAGAAGUUCUCAGGAAAUGAGGCAUUUCAUUUCCCUCAAAACUCUCAUGAGAAUCCUGCACCUGAGAAAGAAGGCAUCCCUGUUCGAUCAUCGAACGGACAUGAAUUAGCGACGAAUGGCCCUAACUUUGCGAAUCGUAUGAGAAAGAAGGGGCGCAGCUUGAGCGGGCAGCAUCACAGGAAAGGAAGAACAAAAGAACACUCGACGACGAGAGCUUCCGUGCGAGAUGAGAAGUCACAGGGGACGAGUAAUUUGAGUCUAAUAAAUUCGAAGGUUGAACGUGUAGAGGCUAUUUGAUGGUCGUUAAUGAAUAUCAAUUGUGAUCGAUGUGUUGUUAAACUAACUCUAAUGAAUUCUCUUUUCUUUGUUCUUC